AUGAUUAAGGUCCCUCCUUUCUUAAAAAAAUUUUUUUUUCACUUUCACUCUCCUUUAUGCCGCCCCUAUGCCUUCCCGGUUCUUCGACUCUUCCUCCUCCCUCCUUCUAGUCCUCUCUCCCCCUUCUCUUCUUGCUCUCUCUCCCUCCCCCUUCCUUCCUCUUGCAGGCUUGUCUGCCGCCGCCCCUCCACGGCGCCCGGGAGCCUAGAGACUAACUCCGUGGACCCGAGUGUGGCCCAAGAGGAUCGCGGUUCUCGGGCAGGUGCCGGCUUUCACACUGGGCGCUGGGAGCAGCGGGGGCAGACUCUGGGAGCCGUGCACCGAGGAAGGCAGGAGUUGGGAUCGAGUCCGUGCCCUCCGCGGAAUGGAAAAAGUCGGGGCCCCGCGGAAGUUCCAGAGGGAGCCGAAGCCACCGCAAAAUCAGUGAAAUAUGGCGGGGUCCCAGCACCCCUGUCCCCCUCGACCUUGUUCCCCGGAGCAGUGGCCCCAGGUUACCCGACAUCCUGUGGAAGCAGCUGGGACUGUGGCUGGAUGCUGCAGCUGCAGGAAACUCAGCUUCGAGGCAGGCUCCUGUGCUGGGAGAGAAGAAGAUGCAACAUUUUUAAAGUUUCACAAACCCUCUGGCUGCACUGGCCCCCCUGGAGCUGAAGACAAACCGAAUUAAUGUUUUAUACCUUCGGGUAUAGGUUUGAGUUUCCCCCCCCUUAUGCCAAGUAUUUAAAACCUCUAGAAACCCAUGAUUUGACAAUCAAUGAUUGCGCGAUACUUUCAAUUUGAAUAUUCAAAGGCUUAACAAAAUGGACUAUCUUCUGCAGAAAUCCUGCACAUAGAAACUCUAUGGAGGGUCCGGAGAAACAGAGGGUGACAUUCUUGAGGGUCUUGGACUCUGCUUUUACUUCAUUUUGACUGUUUUGCCCACCUUCCCACAAAUAGAGCAGAUGUCCCCAAAGAUACUCUGUAUUUCUGUCUGAGAGGCAGGGCCUGGGCCCCAAAUGUUCUAAUCUUGCCCUUAAGACCAUACUGGACCAGGCUGAUUGUUCAAAGACAUUCCUACAUCCACUAUCUCAGUUAAAGGGCAAAUCAUAAGAUUGGGCGUAACAAACAUGGCUGCUAAUGAGUGGAAUAGGCCUGAGAAUCACAAUGGGUCACUCUCAGAGGCCUCAGGCCCAGGCCCAGGCCACAUCUCUGGGCUUCGUCUCCUUCCUGCUCCUCCUGGCCCACGUGCGGGCUUCCCUCCCCUUUCCACCCUCACUCUCAGCCUGGGCCUCAAAUGCCAUAGUUUCAGCACAGAUUGCCUGCCCAUUAAGACCCUUUGCUCCUCCCUAUGGAGCUGGGGAUGCAGUCUGGCCUCGCCCUCUUGUGAUUUUCUGAGAUUGGUUGUUUCUUGAUUAUAAAAUGUUCUCUCUCUUUCCAAAACCCUUUUGUGAGCUUUGCCCUCCCAACUUCAGAUGUCCUGUGUACCAAGAAACAUUAGACAGGUUUGGCUCCUGUUUAUUUCAUCUGGGAAAAAAAAAGUGUCAGAGAUGUAUAUUUCUGUCCUCAUUUUUUUCAGUGAGAGAUAGGCCUGAGCAAGAGACAGGGCCAUGCAUGCCCCUAGCUGAUAGCUGCUUGCCUUCUCUACUGAGAGAUUAUAUUGGCUUGAUCCAACCACACAGGAAGACUUGAGAGGCAGUAACAGUCCCAGACCACAGGGUUUAAAUGAAGAAGUUUAAAAGAAGAAUUAAAAGAAGCCUUGGGCUUAAGUUUUUCCCAUUCUCAGAGAGGAAAGGAAGGUGAAAGGAUGGUGUAGGAUGAGGAUGAGAGGGGAUAGGGUGGGGUAAUUUUUGUAAAGUAGCCUGACAGAAUCCCAAAGAGAAUUCAGGAGUUGCAAGCUACUAUUAACCUUUCCAGUCUCCUAAAAUUUACACCUUUAGUGCUGAAUGCUGUUAAGCAAGUCAAGUAAAGAGAAAAGGAUGUGGAGUUGGAGAUGGAUCAAUUUUGAGUAAGCCACUAAAAUGACACAUACUCUUGGGCCUGAGUUUGAGAUUCACCCACACUUGGACUUACGUUCUAGGAACAGGAACAGAGCUAGCAGAGAUAAGGUAAGAGGAGGAUGAAGGGUCCCACAGGGUUGUUUAGUAGUAGGGACGUUGUAUAAUGAGAACCUUCCUUUCUCCUAGCACAGCUGAACCCCAAGAUCUCAUCCAUAGCUAUAAGGAUCCUCACUUCCUUAAAGGUGCCAGAAAAUCCCACUUUUUCUUAUCUCAGACUUCCCUAAUGAUGAACAUUGAGUACCAGAUUUCUUAUUUGCAAGAGCACACACUGAGAGUCCAAGCGGCUAGGUUCUGCUCAGGUUUAUCCCAUCAAUACAAAUCAUGACUUGGGACUAUUUUCUGAAUUUACCAGUGGAAACACCAGCAUCAUCUUAACAAGAAAAACUCCUUUUCUUCUUUCACCCUGUUGUUAUUUCUCUGUUUUCCCUCUUGGUUUCUUCAUUUGUCAAGUGGGGAAGUUGGAUGAGGUCAUCCUUAAAGUCCCUUCUAAGAUCAUAGAUAUAGAAGUGGAAUGGACCUUACAAAUCCUCAACUCUAAUCCUUUCAUUUUACAGUUGAUAAAUCUUGGGCCCCAUCAACUCGAGAAAUGAUUUGGUUACAUGUAGCAAAUGGCUGGGCCAGAAUCUGAACCCAGGUUUUCUGAUGGCAAGACAAGCAGUUUUCCACUGUACUAAAUUACCUCUUGUCAAGACACUGAAGAUACAAUAUUCUUAAGUGCCAACCCCCUGUUUCUUGCCUUUCUCUUUCUCCCUCUUUUCUCAUUUAAAAAGUUUCCACCCCCUCAAUUAUUCCUGUUCCUCAUCUUUUCACGUUCUCAUUUUCUGCUUUUACCUUUUUCUCUGUUAGCAUCUGAUCUUCUUCUGCCUUUGGACAUGGAACACUGCCUUGAGAUUGACUGCUUUGUGAUUAAAGUGGGAGGAUCAGCAAACCUAUUACUCCAUUAUGAUGGGGCUCUGAGCCUCAAAAAUAAAAUUGCUGUGUCUAUGUUAUUUCCUUUAAAGAAAAUAAAACAAGCACACCUAAUUUACAUCCCAUGGAAGUUAUAUCGAACAGAAAUCACUAGAUCUUUUUUUCUUGGAAUCUAUUCAGGCUGCUACUGGUCACUGUGCUCUACCUGAGUCUGUGAUAACUGUAAUAAAAAUAACCAAGUGGUUUCCUGUUCCUGUGACCUUUGUGAUAUACAGGUCUCCUGACCAGUUAGUUUACCUGCCUUAGAUUCAGAGAACAGGAUAUCCAGGCCUGAGACCAAGAUUAGGAUAGUUGUUUUUUUUGUUUUUGUUUUUUUUGUUUUUGCCCUCUGGGAUGGCUGGGAAUUUGGUUGUUGCAACUGUGUCUGCAAAUGGUUACACAGUCACUCCCAAUGUUACUAGAGUGAUAAGCCUUUAGGUGUGAAACAGGUGUUGGUGCAGAGGAAGGAAAUUAUUUAUUUAUUUUUUUUUUCUGGAGAAGAGGCCCAAAUGUCUGUGGUAACUAGGAAGAAUAGUCCCUGGAUUAAUGCUGCUAUUGGAUAAAUACUUAAAAAAAAAAGAUGAUACAAUCUCUGGGAGAGUAGGAGGAAAGAAAGAAGGGGGAAAAUGAAAUUUACAUAAAACAUUUAAAAUGAAGAAAAAGGGAUACAUAAUAGAUUUGCAUUUUCAUGUGAAAUAUAUUUUUAUUAUACUAUAUUAUGGAAAUGCUUGUUUUAUUCCAUAAAUGAAAAAUAAAUUCACAAAAAGAUGAAGCAUCCAGAGUAUGCUCUGGGAAUAGGGACAGAAUUCUAUAAUCAGAGUAUUUGGGUUCAAAUUCUGCUUUGCUGUUCACUACUGAUGACUUUAGAUAAGUCAAUUAACCUCUAUAGGACCUCAGUUUCCUUAUCUGUAAAACAGAGGGUUGGACUAGCUGACCCCUAAAGUUUCUUCUAGCUCUAGAUUGAUAGGUGAUCCUUGAAUCCUGUGUUCUAGUCAUAUUAUUGUGGAAGCUUUUUCUUUAUUUCUUAUCUGUUAGUCAUAAAAUGUGUGAAGGCGUGGAGAGAUUAAAAAAAAAAAACAGACAACAUAUGUUGAAAUGGAGAGAGAUAAAGCUGUUAAUCAAUGUGGAUAGCAAGAGAAUUGGCAGAAGUGUGCACAGGCUGCUGAUUCUGCUCUGAUUAGUAGUGCUAUUAUUCUAAAUAACUCAGAGGAAUUUACUCAUCUAUGAGUAUACUACCACCUCUAGUGUCCACAAAGACCUCUCAGCCUGUUAAAAUGGACCUCUCAGCACCAAGGUUGUCAAGAAUUAAAAAAAAAUCUUCAUGAAGAGAGAUACAUUUUAAUUCUUCAGCAUGCUUUGGAAACACAAAAUAAGAGAACUUUGGGGUAUGAAGCGCAUUCAGUCCAACCACUUUUUUUUUUUAGUUAAAAAGUUUUCUAUUUUUAUAGCUACUAAAUAUGUAAAAUUUAAGCAAUAUUGAAAAUUAAUUUUCUCAAUUUCACAAUCACUCUCAUUUUUCAUGUGACAUCAAUGAUACUGCAAAGUUCACUUUACAACUAGCUUCAGAUUCAGCACUAGAAACCUUUCAAAAGAUCCAGUGGCAGCACAUUUACAAAUAUACUAUUUAUAAUGAAUGCAAUUAAUAAAGAAUGACAUAAAAAAGACAAGGCAAUUUUUAUAAUCAACAGUACAAGUGAGAUUAAAAUGCAUUUUAAUGGAAUAUUUACACCUUACUUUGCUUUUAGUCAACUGAAUAUGAUCAUGUAUUUUUCACAACUAAAGUUCUGUUCAGUCUUUGUUAAGACUUACACAUUACAAGAUGCAUUGAUCUUUACUGGAAUAAAACCUCAAUCUAUUAAA